AUGGCCGAGGUCAAGUUCGACGAGAAGAUAUUCGAUGGCCUGAAGGGGAAGAUUGUGAUUAUCACAGGCGGGAGCAGUGGCAUUGGCCUUGCCACGGUCAAAUUCUUCUCGGCGCAAGGCGCGCAAAUCGUCUCUGCAGACCUGAACCCGCCUCCGGAAGAGACGGCCAACGUCGUCUUUCGCAAGGUAGACCUCACCAAGUGGGACGAGCAGUACGACCUGUUCGAGUGGACGGCAAAGACGUACGGUCGGAUCGACAUCGCAUUCCUAAACGCCGGGGUCGGCGAGAUCGAAAAUGUCUUUGUGGACGAAUGCGACGAUCGGGGGAGGUUGAAGGAGCCCAAAUACUCGGUGCUGGCGGUCAAUCUCAUUGCACCCAUAAACGGCUUCAAAAUCGCCGUGCACUUUAUGAAGAAACAGCCCGAAGGAGGAAGUAUAGUCAUCACCGGCAGUGGUAAAAGUUUCAAUGGCGUCGGAGGCACCCCGAUGUAUGCUGUCUCCAAACACGGUCUCUUGGGCUUGAUCCGCACCCUGCGGACCGACAUCCCAGAGAAAUACAACAUCCGACUUAACCUCGUGUGCCCAUUCUGGACCGACACCGGUAUCAUCCCUCCCGAGGAGCGCGAGAAGAUCGUCUCAGCCAGGGAGUGCAUGCAGCCGGCCGACGUCCCCGCGAAAGCGGUCGCCUACCUCUCUCUCAACCCCCAAUGUCAAGGGACGGUCUUGUAUGCUGCCUGUGGCAAGUACUUUGACGUGGAUUGGGGAUUUCAUCUCACCCGUCCGGUGUGGCUGGGGGCGAAGAACCACUUGGACCGAGUCUCGUGGGAGGAAGAUCCCGCGGCGCUGGCAUUCAAAACGAAGUUCGAGUGA